GAAAAGCAAAAAAAAAAUAAUGAAGACGUCAUAGAAGACUUUACUCAGGACAGAUGUAAAAUAAAACCAAUUCUGAAACUUCAGGAGAAUAAGAAAACUGACCAUGCUGCUGCAAAGGCUGAUUCUGUGCUCAUCAGUCCCACCUGGAUCUCAGAGACACAUCCUCCAGUUCCUCACCAGACCACUGACACAAGCUCCUCAGUUUAAAGUCCACGGCAGCUCCUUUGCACAUCGGGGUGAGCUGCACCAUGCCAAGAGGAUCGUGGUUAAACUUGGUAGUGCCGUGGUCACCCGUGGCGAUGAAUGUGGUUUGGCUCUGGGGAGGCUGGCUUCUAUCGUUGAGCAGGUGGCCAUGCUGCAGAGUCUGGGCAGGGAGAUGGUGAUCGUCACCAGCGGAGCCGUGGCCUUCGGUAAGCAGAGAUUAAGACACGAGAUCCUGCUGUCUCAGAGCGUCCGUCAGGCGCUGCAGUCUGGGAACUCUCAGCUCAAAAACAUGUCUCUGCCAGUUCUGGAGGCCCGAGCCUGUGCUGCAGCAGGACAGAGCGGCCUGAUGGCCCUGUAUGAGGCCAUGUUCACCCAGUACAGCACAUGCACUGCUCAGGUCCUGGUGACAAAUCUGGAUUUCCAUGAUGAUGAGAAGAGGCAGAAUCUCAACAGCACGCUGCAGGAGCUGCUGCGCAUGAACAUCGUGCCCAUCAUCAACACCAACGACGCUGUGGUACCCCCGCCUGAACCCGACAGCGACCUGCAGGGGGUAAAUGUGAUCAGCAUUAAGGAUAAUGACAGCCUAGCAGCACGACUGGCUGUAGAGAUGAAGGCUGAUCUGCUCAUCGCGCUGUCUGAUGUGGAAGGACUUUACAACAGCCCUCCUGGAACAGACGACGCAAAGCUCAUUGACAUCUUCUACCCUGGAGACCAGCAGUCCAUCACCUACGGCACAAAGUCCAGAGUCGGGAUUGGAGGCAUGGAGGCCAAGGUCAAGGCAGCUCUUUGGGCUUUGCAGGGCGGCACCUCUGUGGUCAUAGCUAACGGCACAAACCCCAAAGUGACAGGUCAUGUCAUCACCGAUAUAGUAGAGGGCAAGAAAGUGGGAACCUUCUUUUCUGAAAUAAAACCUGCUGGCCCGUCUGUGGACGAGCAGGCAGAAAUGGCCCGAAACUCCGGUAGAAUCCUGGCGUCUCUACAUCCAGACCAGAGAAGUGAGAUCAUUUGCCACCUAGCAGAGCUGUUGACUGAGAGGAAGGAAGAAAUUCUGGCUGCAAACAAGACGGACAUGGAGACGGCUGUCAGUGCAGGUAACAGGAACCAACAGUUUCCAGCCGUGCUGAAGCGUCUAAGCCUCACACCAGUCAAGCUCAGCAGUUUGACCAUAGGCCUGCGUCAGAUAGCUAUGGCAGCCCAGGACGGCGUCGGUCGAGUGCUGCGAAGGACCAGGGUGGCUCAAGGUCUAGAACUAGAGCAGAUUACGGUACCCAUUGGGGUUCUUCUGGUCAUCUUUGAGGCCAGACCUGACUGCUUGCCACAGGUGUCUGCUCUGGCCAUAGCCACUGGCAAUGCUCUUCUGCUGAAAGGAGGCAGAGAGGCUGCUAAUACCAACAGAGUCCUGCACCGUCUGACUCAGGAGGCCCUCUCUGCGCAUGGAGUCCAGGAGGCUGUCCAAAUGGUGAGCACACGUGAGGAGGUGGCAGAUCUUUGCCGACUGGACAAGAUGAUCGACUUGAUCAUCCCCAGAGGUUCAUCCCAGCUGGUGCGGGACAUUCAGCGAGCAGCCAAGGGCAUCCCGGUGUUGGGUCACAGUGAGGGAAUCUGCCACGUCUACGUCCAUGCAGACGCCAGCAUCGACAAGGUCUUUAAGAUUGUCAGAGACUCCAAGUGUGACUACCCAGCUGCAUGCAAUGCCAUGGAAACACUGCUGAUUCACAGGAGCAUCCUUGGGACCCCUCUCUUUGACCAGAUUAUUGAUAUGCUGCGCACUGAACAGGUGAAGAUUCAUGCCGGUCCUCGGUUAAUUUCUCACCUGACGUUCAGUCCAUCGGAGGUCAAGUCCUUGCGCACAGAGUACGGCGACCUGCAGUGUUGUCUGGAGGUGGUGGACAGCAUGCAGGAAGCUGUGGAUCAUAUUCACAAAUAUGGCAGCUCCCACACAGACGUUAUCAUCACAGAAAAUGCGGAGACAGCUGAGCAGUUCUUGCAGCAGCUGGACAGCGCCUGUGUUUUCUGGAACGCUAGUUCACGAUUUGCUGACGGCUACCGGUUUGGGCUCGGAGCAGAAGUCGGUAUCAGCACAGCCCGAAUCCACGUCCGAGGGCCUGUAGGCCUCGAGGGGCUGCUCACCACCAAGUGGGUCCUGAGAGGGGAUGGGCACACCGUAGCUGAUUUCUCUGAGCACGGCAACAUGAAGUACCUCCAUGAAAACUUGCCCGUGGGACAGACUUUAGCUGAACAGAGAGACAACAGCUAG